CCCCCCCGGCCCAUCUCUCUCUCUCUCUCUCUCAUUCUCUGCAAGAAGAAGAAGAAGAAGAAGAAUAACGAUGUGUCAGCAAACUUCUCCCCUGCUAUGCCAAUGCCAACCGAACCCAUCGCCAUGUCUCCUCUCAGUCAAACUAGACAUGGAUAAUAAGCAACAUGAUAUUCCCACCCCAUGCACCACCCCAGAGGACCAAACUCAUGAAUACCAUUAUGGCCAAAUGCAAGACAAGGAGGCCGCCACCGGCCACCUCUCUUUGGCCGUCAAAGAGGUCAAGUCGAUCGCCGGCAUAGCCCUGCCCAUGGUCCUCACCGGCCUGCUGCUCUACUGCCGGUCGAUGAUCUCUAUGCUCUUCCUUGGGCGCCUCGGAGAGCUGGCACUAGCUGGCGGGUCGCUAGCAAUUGGCUUUGCCAACAUCAGCGGCUACUCCAUCCUCUCAGGCCUCGCCAUGGGGAUGGAGCCCAUCUGCGGACAGGCCUUCGGGGCCAAGCGGCACUCCAUCCUCGGCCUCACCCUCCAGCGGACAAUCCUGCUGCUCAUCCUCACCUCCCUCCCCAUCUCCUUCCUGUGGCUCAACAUGAAGAGGAUCCUCCUCUUCUGUGGCCAGGACGAGGCCAUUGCCUCUGAGGCCCAGUCGUACCUCCUCUACUCUAUCCCCGACCUCCUCGCCCAAUCCCUCCUCCACCCGCUUCGGAUCUACCUGCGUACCCAGUCGAUCACUCUUCCACUAACCUUCUGCGCCACCCUGGCGAUCUUCAUCCAUGUGCCCGUCAACCACCUCCUCGUCUCCCACCUCGGCCUCGGCACCAAAGGCGUGGCACUCGGGGUCGUCGUCACGAACUUCAACCUCGUCGCCUCCCUCAUCGUGUACGUCAUCUGCUCCGGCAUUCACAAGAAAACGUGGGGAGGCGGCAUUUCCCUCACAAACUGCUUCAAGGAGUGGCGGCCCCUCGUCAGCCUCGCUGUCCCAAGCUGCAUCUCGGUGUGCCUCGAGUGGUGGUGGUACGAGAUCAUGAUCUUACUCUGCGGGCUGUUGCUGAAUCCAAGAGCCACCGUCGCCUCCAUGGGGAUCCUUAUCCAGACCACCUCUCUCAUCUACAUAUUCCCGUCGUCUCUGAGCUUCUCUGUGUCGACCCGAGUCGGGAACGAGCUCGGGGCGAACCGGCCAGCCAAGGCCAAGCUCGCGGCGAUCAUGGGACUGAACUGUAGCUUCGUGCUGGGCCUGGCAGCCCUGUUCUUCGCAGUAAUGGUCCGGAACACGUGGGCCCGGAUCUUCACACAGGACGAGGAGAUUGCGGUGCUGACCGCGCUCGUGCUGCCAAUAAUCGGGCUGUGCGAGCUGGGGAACUGCCCGCAGACCACAGGCUGUGGGGUCCUCCGGGGGACGGCGAGGCCGAAGGUCGGGGCCAACAUAAACUUAGGGUGCUUCUACUUGAUUGGGAUGCCGGUGGCGGUCGGGCUGGCAUUCUUCUGGGGGUUUGACUUCAAGGGGCUGUGGCUGGGACUACUGGCGGCUCAGGGGUCGUGUGUGGUGACGAUGCUGAUGGUCCUGUCGUGGACUGACUGGGAGCUUCAGGCCAGGAGGGCGCAGGAGCUGACCAGAGCAGAGGCAGAGGCAGAGGCGGCGGCGGCUGCGGCUGCUGUGGAGGACCAAAACAGAGACAGAGACAGAGACAGAGGAGAGGUCUAGGAAGGGAAGCCGCUUAUGGCUGAAAUCAACCAAAACUGCUCGAACUCAGACGGCGAUUAUUCACCACCAGUUUGAGCCAACAGAUUGGAUACUCUAACUCUCUUUUUUAUUUUUUUUUAUUUUUUUUGUGGGUAUAUCUUGGUGGUUUUUUUUAAUUAUUUUUUUUUCUAUUGAUUCAAAAAAUGUACAGUUAUAUUAAUACAAUGCUAGGUUUAUGGCUACAUAUUGGGGAGGAUUCAAUUCGUCAAUCCGUUAAUUCAUCAAAGGGAUGGAUGGAAGAAGCACAGCAGUUUCAGUUCAAAGGUCAAAGAUCAAAGAUUGAGGGCGCCUAUGUAUCUAAUAUGUACUGUUUCGCUGGAAACGGAAACAGAGCAACUACACCUACCAACUUAACUUGCUAGAUAUGUUCUUUUGAAAUUCCCUUCUACCUUACCUUUUCUUUGUUCCCCGAUUAUAAAAGUAAUUCAAUGUACCUAUGCUCCCUGACAAUAAAAUUCGAAUGCAAAACUUGUUAGUUUAA